UAAUGCCAAGUAUAAAGCUUCCCAAGAAUGAGAUGGAUUCUGGGGUGUCUACGCCUGAGAAGCAAGAUAAAGAGAAUUUAGUGGGCAUCAACAAUAAACGGCUUGGGGUGUGCGGCUGGAUUCUGUUUUCCCUUUCUUUCCUGUUGAUGAUCAUUACCUUCCCCAUCUCCAUAUGGAUGUGCUUAAAGGUGGUUAAGGAGUAUGAACGUGCCGUUGUAUUCCGACUGGGACGCAUCCAAGCUGACAAAGCCAAGGGUCCAGGUUUGAUCCUGAUCCUGCCCUGCAUAGAUGUGUUUGUCAAAGUUGACCUCCGAACAGUGACUUGCAACAUUCCUCCACAAGAGAUCCUCACCAGAGACUCUGUGACUACGCAGGUGGACGGAGUGGUCUAUUACAGAAUCUAUAGUGCUGUCUCGGCAGUGGCUAACGUCAAUGACGUCCACCAAGCCACGUUUCUGCUGGCUCAGACCACUCUGAGAAAUGUCUUAGGGACACAGACCUUGUCCCAGAUCUUAGCUGGACGAGAGGAGAUCGCCCAUAGCAUCCAGACUUUGCUGGAUGAUGCCACCGAGCUGUGGGGCAUCCGGGUGGCCCGAGUGGAAAUCAAAGAUGUCCGGAUUCCCCAGCAGCUGCAAAGAUCCAUGGCGGCUGAGGCCGAGGCCACGCGGGAAGCCAGGGCCAAGGUCCUUGCAGCAGAAGGAGAAAUGAAUGCUUCCAAGUCUCUGAAGUCGGCCUCCAUGGUGCUGGCCGAGUCCCCCGUAGCCCUCCAGCUGCGCUACCUGCAGACAUUGACCACGGUCGCCGCCGAGAAGAAUUCCACGAUCGUGUUUCCUCUGCCCAUGAAUAUACUAGAGGGCAUUGGUGGCAUCAGCUAUGAUAACCACAAGAAGCUCUCUAAUAGAGCCUGAGGUCCUCUUGCAGUAGCCAGGCAUUGCUUAGACAGUCCUAUCCACUCUCACAGGGAAGCCAGCCGUUAGACGCGGUGAGAAUUCUAACACUGUUCAGGCAACAGAAACUCCACAGCUGGAAUAGCAUUGGCAGGAAAAAGCUAUGGAGGUUACAAAAGAAAAAAAAAUUUUUUUAAGGCAAAAAUGAGGGCUGUAUACUAUUAGGCUUUUAUAUUUAAGAACAUAACCAACUUUGCAAUAGCCUUAUAUAAUUAAUUAGUGGUUGUCUCUGACAUAUAGCAAGCAUUUUCUUGCAGCAGGAGAGGAAAUCAUUGGGUGACUGAGACUAAGAUUCCAAAACUGCUUUUUUAAUUGUUUUAAGGAACACUCUAGAUUAUUUGUAAAGUGGAACAGGCCUCAUAUUUAUACUGCAUGUUUGCUUUAUAAUUCCAAAGUAGCUACUUGCUAAAUCUCUGAUAGUUGCAACCAAACCCCAUAAUGCUGAACAUUAUGACUGAUUUAGAUGUUAAGGACGAGAGAGGAACAGAGGCUUGCAGUCUCAAACAUGCCGCCAACCACACAGGGCAAACUGCACUCAGCUCUUGCCCAGCGCUCUUGCCGCAUGUCCUGCUGGGUGGGUUGGCCAAUCCUCAGCCUCCCAGCACGUUUGUCAGAGGGUGGGACAAGGCUCAGUGAGGCAGCAAGCUCUAGUCAAUUCCUUUGCUUACAUGGGAGAACACUUGGCAAAGGUUUUGCUGGUAGAAGCCCCAAGGGAACAACAUCCUGGGGAUUUCAUGUUUUCACUCUGUGCUUAGUCCCAAGAGCCACAGGUAAUCGAGAAUUGUUUUGCGCACUCUACCCCCAUGCCUCCCCCCUCACACAUCAAAAUAACCUGAUAAAAAUAAAGAAGCUAU